UACUGGACAUGGUUGACAGAGGAACCUGUCUUUCAAUCAUGGAUCGAACGGCGAUCACGGAUUCUAUGGAUCCUCGGAGGACCCGGAGCAGGCAAGUCACACCUUGCAGCUUGGCUCAUAGCACACCUGUCAGAAAAGGCGAAUGUGCCAGGAGACACACGAGCCAGCCAAAUAGUGUACUUCUUUGUCAAAUCAUACAGCGACCAUCUGUGCGACCUCAACAACAUCUUGAAAGCCUUGGCGUGGCAGCUGUGCAAAAACAAUGCAACAUUUGAAGCACACGUAGCGGCUGCAUGCAGGGAUAGCAACCCAACCUACACCCCCGAAGAUACGUGUGAAAAGCGCUUUUUCUUGCUGGACAGGUCCAAGAACCAUAACGAUAUAGACAGCUACGUAAAGCGGCAAUUGGAACAAGUCCAAAUCCUACGACGAAUGCGGCGCGUCAAACCACAAGGAAAACAAGAUGCAAACGCUGCCGGGGCUUAUAUCAGGAAACAAAUUCUACUGGGCGCGAAUGGAAGUUUUCUAUGGGCUCGCCUUGUAAUCGAUACCAUUAUCAACAAGGACAUUGCUCAAAUCGAAGAGGUUCUUCGCGAGCCUCCAAGCAGCCUUGAUGAUAUAUAUGAUCGAGUCUUCUUGGACCGCUUUGCCAAAAACCAGGACCUUGAAAAAGACUCGACGCGCAGGAUGCCGCUGGAGCUGGACUUUUUUCUUGGCCUUGCGCAUUGGAGACCCAAUCUGCUGCUUUGGGAGGGAAUAAGAGGUACUUUUUCUGCUUUUUUCGACCUGGAAUUCCCAAAAGGCAAGGAUCCAGAUGCAGUAGAAAAGAAGCAGAACGCAACCACAGUCCAGAAGAGGGACGAUAUGUUCGAGGACUCGAGUGACGGUGGUUUCGACUUUACUGGAGUCCCCGAGGAAGAAACCGACUCCGGAUUAGUAGCUACAUCAUCGGCCGACUCGGCCUUGUGGGAAGUGCCACUCUGGCGAAGGAAUGCAGAAUCCAAGCACCGAGAUCAACUCAAUGAUGGGCAGCUGAACACUAAGAUCACAUUAUGUCAUGCUCGUUCCAUGGAUUUUGUCCAGCGUGAAGGUCGAUCAACACAACGUGACAACCUAGUCCACGCCAUCAUACCCGAAAUGGACAGGGCUCAGGUCGACCGUCGACAUGACGAUGAUGUGCCUUGA